GGCUGGCGGCAGGGGCUGAGGCAGCCACGGCGGGAGUCGCUGCUGAGGCGGCUGCGGGCGCAGGUCGCGUCGGCGCUGCUCCGCGGGGCCGGGCCGGGCUGGCAGCAGCUGGCGCCUGGCGGUGAAGGCGGGCUCCCGGGGCGGGUGGAAUGGCCCCCACCUAGGGCAGUGGGAGAAGCGGCUGAGCGCAGGAUGCUGGCGAGGCGGCGCGGCGGCUCCUCACUCAACCCAGAAUUUGUGAUGGACAGUUCUUUACUUUUAGCACUUGAAAAUAUUGUGCCGCUUCCUUGACACCUCCAUGAUUUCAGAUAAGAAACCCUCUAUCAUUGAAAUUCGUGUUUCCCUACAGAUGUUGAUCAUCUUUCUGAAGUAGAAUCUCCAUGGCCUGAACAUUUUCUGAAAAUUAUUUUGAGCAGAAUAUCUAUUUAAUAACAAGAUAACUACAUCAAGAUGGUUGGAAAACUGAAGCAGAACUUACUAUUGGCAUGUCUGGUUAUUAGUUCUGUGACUGUGUUUUACUUGGGCCAACACGCCAUGGAAUGUCAUCACCGAAUAGAAGAACGUAGCCAGCCCCUCAAAUUGGAGAGCACAAAGACCACUGUGAGAACUGGCCUGGACAUCAAAGUGAAUAAAACCUUUGCCUAUCACAAAGAUAUGCCUUUGAUAUUUAUUGGAGGUGUGCCUCGGAGUGGAACCACACUCAUGAGGGCCAUGCUAGAUGCACACCCCGAUAUUCGCUGUGGAGAGGAAACCAGAGUCAUUCCCCGAAUCCUGGCCUUGAAGCAGAUGUGGUCACGGUCAAGUAAAGAGAAAAUACGCUUGGAUGAGGCUGGUGUUACUGAUGAAGUGCUGGAUUCUGCCAUGCAAGCCUUCUUACUAGAAAUUAUUGUUAAGCAUGGGGAACCAGCCCCUUAUUUAUGUAAUAAAGAUCCUUUUGCCCUGAAAUCCUUAACUUACCUUGCUAGGUUAUUCCCUAAUGCCAAAUUUCUCCUCAUGGUCCGAGAUGGCCGGGCAUCAGUACAUUCAAUGAUUUCUCGGAAAGUUACUAUAGCUGGGUUUGACCUGAAUAGCUAUAGAGACUGUUUGACCAAGUGGAAUCGUGCCAUAGAGACCAUGUAUAAUCAAUGUAUGGAAGUUGGCUAUAAAAAAUGCAUGUUAGUUCACUAUGAACAACUUGUCUUACAUCCUGAACGGUGGAUGAGAACGCUCUUAAAGUUCCUUCAUAUUCCAUGGAACUACUCAGUAUUACAUCAUGAAGAGAUGAUUGGGAAAGCUGGGGGAGUAUCUCUGUCAAAAGUGGAGAGAUCUACAGACCAAGUCAUCAAGCCAGUCAAUGUAGGAGCGCUAUCAAAAUGGGUUGGGAAGAUACCCCCAGAUGUUUUACAAGACAUGGCAGUGAUUGCACCCAUGCUUGCCAAACUUGGAUAUGACCCAUAUGCCAAUCCACCUAACUAUGGAAAACCUGAUCCCAAAAUUCUUGAAAACACUAGAAGGGUCUAUAAAGGAGAAUUUCAGCUACCUGAAUUUCUUAAAGAAAAACCUCAGACUGAGGAAGUGGAGUAGCAGAGCCAGGAACCUCUUACAUAUAUGAGGGGAGACUGCUGCCUUUUCAACAGAAGGGAAUUUUCUAGGACUGGCCGUCCCCUGCUGAGAUCAGUGGAGCGUAUGUACCACGGCCCGCAUCUCCUGUUCACUUGCCAGGCUCUCCCCACUGAGAGGGUGGGAAGUCGGUAUACAUUUGGGCCUUCCUGAGUGAUCUGCUCCCUGAGUACAGUGCUCUUGAUCCUAAUUACGUGCACAACCCUGUGGAUACGAAGUCCAGAGGGAACGUGUGCUUUCUGUUAAAACUGCUCUGGUCCUCGUCUUUUCUUACCAGAUUCCGAACUUUUGUUUCAAGGGGAGGGUUUUAAAAUGGGAUUCUAUAAGCAAAAAUUGGGCAGUUUCAUCUUGGAAUAGGUUGUCUGUACAUGUUCUAAUGUUUUGUAGAACACUUCCUGUUUAAAUGUAUUGAUGUGGAUAAUAUUAAAUAUCUUAAUUAUUUAAAUAAUUCAUUGUAUUGUUUUUGAGAAGUUGAGGAAUUACCGUAUACAUUUACAACUUAAUGACUUUUGUAUUUUAUUUUUCAAAAUAAAAGCUUUAAAUGUGUGAAGCA